AUGCUCUUCAGAUACUUUAUCUACAUAGUCCAAUGGCUCUGGAAUACAGGCAACGCCAAUCAUGACGAAGAUGACGAAGGCAACAUCUGUGGGAUCUGUCACAUCUCGUUUGAGGGGUGUUGUGCAUGGUGUAAGAUCCCGGGGACUGACUGUCCGUUGAUCUGGGGCGAAUGCAGUCACGUCUUCCACAUGCACUGCUUGCUCGAAUGGUUAGGCAUGGAUGCAUCGAAACAGCAAUGUCCCUUGGACUGA